CCCCGCCCCCGCCCCGUCCGCCUCCGGCUCCGAUUCGUCCGUCCAGGACCUCCUCACGCUCGUCUACUUCGGCGCCCUCUUCGACGUCAAGCCGCAGAGCGACUUCAUCGCCACCAUGGCCGCGCGCGAGCACGAGCGGAGCAGCUGCAUCACCUACGACUGCGUCGGGGACGACACCGUGGACCUGCUCGUGGAGGGCGACCUCGACGUCGUGUCCGCUGUGGCCGCCCUCGCCGCGGCUCGCCCUGCUUCCGCGGUCGGCGUCUCCCACCGCGACGCGCUCCAGGCCUGUGCACACCAUGCCCGCUUAUGGCUCGCCCGUGCCGACGAGCCCAUCCACCCUGGCUCCUCUGUUACUUAUGCUGCGGUGAGGGCUAAGCUGGACAGGAUCAUGGCAUCAGACUACUACACAACAGCUGCAGUUGGAGGCUAUGGAGCUGAAGGUGUGCAGGCACAGGAGAGUAUGGCUGCCUCACCAGAGGCAUCGGCAGUGGAAGAGAGCGGCGCCGGCGAGGCGCCCAAGGUGAGGUCAUUCCCGCUGAAGUUGUGA